AUGCCAAGCGCUGCCCCGCCGGCCGCCGCCGCGCCGCCGUCGCGGGACCCAUCCAGCGGGGGAGAGAGGCCGGCGGCGGCCCCGCAGGACGGCGCCCGCCCGCUCGGCAGCACCAUGAAGGCGGCGGAGGAAGAACACUAUAAUUAUGCAUCUUCAAAUGUAAAUGCUGGUUUGCCUCUAAAUGUGGCACAUUCCUCAUUGUCAACUCCAUGUCAUGGCCUGCAGACAUCAAAUCCCGUCAUUUCAGUUGUCCCAUCGACAAACCAUCCCUCUGGAUAUGGAGGACACAUUGACAGUGGAGCCUCCGAGUACUACCUGCCACCAAGCAUGAGACCUAAUGGAGCUCCAGCACUGGAGAGCCCCAGAAUUGAGAUCACGUCUUACAUGGGAUUGCAUCAUAACAACAACCAGUUUUUCCAUGAUGAGGUGGAGGAGGCCAUGCCUAAUGCCAAGCGGUCGCCUUCCACUGCCACUUUGAACUUGCCGAACAUCGAGGCAUACAGAGACCCAUCCUGCCUCAGUCCAGCGAGUAGCUUGUCUUCCAGAAGCUGCAACUCCGAAGCAUCUUCCUAUGAGUCCAACUACUCGUAUCCAUACACUUCGCCUCAGACCUCUCCGUGGCAAUCCCCGUGUGUCUCUCCGAAGACCACCGACACAGAGGAGGGCUACCAACGCAGCAUGGUGGCCUGUACUUUGCUCAGUUCCCCAAGGCACUCUCCAUCAACGUCUCCCAGAACAAGCAUCACAGAGGAGAACUGGCUGGGGGCUCGCAACUCUAGGCCUCCGUCUCCCUGCAACAAGAGGAAGUACAGCCUCAAUGGCCGGCAGACCUCCUAUUCCCCACACCACUCCCCUACUCCUUCUCCACAAAAUUCUCCCCGGGUGAGUGUCACGGAUGACACGUGGCUGGGGAACACAAACCAGUACACCAGCUCCGCCAUCGUUGCUGCCAUCAACGCCCUCACCACUGACAGCACCAUCGAUAUGAACGAUGGGAUUCCCAUCAAGUCGAGGAAGACUGCCAUUGAUCACACCCCAUCCAUGACUCUCAAAACUGAACCGGCUGGCGAGGAUCAUGGGACCAUAUCGCCAACUGCUGACUUGUCACCAGAAGACUUCUCCAGCUUUCAGCACAUCAGGAAAGGAAACUUCUGUGAGCAGUACCUGUCUGUGCCACAGCAUCCCUACCAGUGGGCCAAACCAAAGCCUCUAUCUCCAACAUCCUACAUGAGCCCGUCCCUGCCUGCUCUCGACUGGCAGCUGCCAUCUCACUCAGGACCUUACGAACUACGUAUUGAAGUGCAGCCGAAAUCCCACCACCGAGCUCAUUAUGAGACAGAGGGCAGUCGAGGGGCUGUGAAGGCAUCUGCAGGGGGCCAUCCCAUCGUGCAGCUCCAUGGUUACUUAGAAAGCGAGCCGCUCACGCUGCAGCUGUUCAUUGGGACUGCAGACGACCGCCUGCUGCGACCCCAUGCCUUCUACCAGGUUCACCGGAUCACCGGCAAGACCGUUUCCACCACCAGCCACGAAACAAUACUUUCCAACACCAAAGUUCUGGAAAUUCCCCUUCUUCCAGAGAACAACAUGAGAGCAAUCAUCGACUGCGCUGGGAUAUUAAAGCUCCGAAACUCCGACAUCGAGCUGCGCAAGGGAGAGACGGACAUCGGUCGGAAGAACACACGUGUGCGUCUGGUCUUCAGGGUGCAUAUCCCACAAGCCAAUGGCAGGACCCUCUCCUUGCAAGUAGCCUCCAACCCCAUUGAGUGCUCUCAGAGGUCUGCCCAAGAACUGCCUCUGGUGGAGAAGCAAAGUACCGACAGUUUUCCUGUUACUGGAGGGAAAAAAAUGAUACUGACUGGUCAUAACUUUCUGCAAGACUCCAAAGUCAUCUUUGUGGAGAAAGCACCAGAUGGUCACCAUGUGUGGGAAAUGGAAGCCAAAACCGACAAAGAAAUGUGCAAGCCAAAUUCCUUGGUUGUUGAGAUACCACCUUUCCGCAAUCAGAGAAUUACCAGCCCUGUUCAGGUCAACUUCUAUGUCUGCAAUGGGAAAAGAAAGAGAAGCCAGUACCAGCUUUUCACCUAUCUUCCUGCUAAUGUUCCAAUUAUAAAAACAGAACCCACAGAUGACUAUGAGCCUGCUCAAACCUGUGGACCAAUGAACCAAGGCUUAAGCCCACUCUCUAAACCGUACUACAGUCAGCAGAUCAUGAUGCCCCCUGAUCCUGGUUCGUGCCUCGUGGCCGGCUUUGCCUCCUGUCAGCAGAGAAACGCUGUGAUGUCACCUUCUCCCAACGCAAGCCCCAAGCUGCACGACCUUUCGUCCUCUCCUUACAAGUGCAUCCCCAACCCGGGCCACGGUCACCUCGGACUUCAGCAGCCCACUGGAGGUGUCCCCACCAUACAGGAAGUGCCAAGGUCUAUAGUUGUGCACCCAAGCCCCCCUGAGCAAUCGUCUCACGUCAUGCUGCAGCCGCAGGUGAGUCAACAUCUGAGCAGUAGCUGUCCCCUUGGUUAUCAACAAACACUCUAUCCCAACAGUCCCUCUUCUCCAGUUCCAUCUGUUACCCAAGAGCCAACCUAUUUGCAGUCCUGCAGUCCAACUCACUCAUCCAUAAUGGGUCAACAGCAGCAGCAACUGCCGAAGGUUCACAGAAAUGAGUCUCCAACAACCCAACCACUGUCAUUGCCAGAGUUGCAUGAGGAAAGUAAUCAUAAUUUGGCCCCUAUUCCUGUAACGAUCAAGCGAGAACCUGAGGAAUUGGACCAGAUGUACCUGGAUGAUGUGUCUGAAAUUAUAAGACUUUGUGUUCUAAUUCUUUUAUAA